GGCUAGCUUUACCGAAGCUACUUAAAAGCUCCCGACUCCCGCCUGAAGUUACGUUGCUAGUGGGUAACUGCGCACUAAUUGUAUGUUUGUGUUAUGUGCAGUUGUGGGAGUUCUACAGCAAUGCUGUUCAAAGUACAGUACAAAGGAAAGAAGAAAUACGUCAAACUAAAUGGAGCCUCACAUUCAGAAUUUCUCAAGGAGGCUAAAAUUAAGUUCAGUAUACCCAAUGAAAAAGACAUAUAUGUGCUGGAUGACACUGGAACAGAGGUCGAUGAAGAGGUAUUCAGUGACAUUCUGGAGGAAAAAACAGACAUCCUGUGGACAAUUGUCGACACUCUUUCAGUCACUGACUCUCCUGCAUCUUCAUGCACGGACACCAUGUCACUAUCAUCACGCUCAUCCGAGAGUGAUACUUUUCUGAUGUCUCCAAAAAGACAGCACAUUGAUGACACCUUUCUGAUGUCUCCAAAAAGACCAUGCAUUGAUGAUGACAUCCCAAAGUCCCAAAAGAGUCAGCAUAUUGAUGACAGCUCUUCACAGGCCAAAGAGCUUGUCAAGAGAGUUCUGGAACAAAAGCCUGGAGGGGAGAAAAUACUUAAAGAAUAUGCAACUAAGGGAGAGAUGAAGGAUCGAACACGCCGUGAACUUGUCAACAUUGUUGUUGCUGAUAUGUUGGAAAAGUAUGGAAGUGCUCCGCCAAAGGACAAAAGAACACAAUAUGCAUUGGGGAUUGUAACACUGUUCCCUGCUCUGAAAGAUCCCUAUUCGAAAAAGGGCUAUGAGCAUUUCUUUGAUGCAGAUAGCAACGAGGGCUACAUUGCCUGGAAGCUUAAAAACACACAGCGAGAACUCAGCAGUGGCCGUAGCAGUGGAGUUCGGAGAAGGAGCUCUCAAACCUCAGACAGCAGCGGACCAGAGUUGGAGAGGAAAGUGACUAAAGAGCAACAGCUGGAGGGAGACCAGUGCUGCGAGGCCAUAUCUCUACUGAAACACAGCACAGAUAAAGAACAGAUCUUCAUGAAAAUGAGAGCAACCUUCCAGCACAGACAAAAGUUGAUCCAUGAUCCAGAGCGAUGCAGCACAGUGGUUACAGUUUUCCCAAGGUUCCUUGACACAAAAGGCCUUGUUCUACAAGACUUUGAGCUGUUGUUUGGAGCAGAGACUUCAUCAAAAUUCCUGGAGAAAUGGGGAACACUCCUGAAGGCGAAAGUAAUUGAACAAGCCAAAAACCUCAGCAAAACCCCGCACCUUGACUAUCUCAUUCAGUCUGCAGACGAGAACCCUGAUGAGGAUGGAGAUGAGGAGGUCCCAGGUUGGGAUAGUGACAUGGCCUCAGUUCUCCUGCUUGUCUACCUCCUGCCACCAAGUGGAAAGAAGGGAGCCGUGAAGAUCAGUAUCCGGGAAGCUGUGGAUCGCGUAGUGAAGUUUCAUAAGUCGGGCCGAAGCCUACAAGAACACUCUGGUCCAGCCCAGCGGAGGCAGCCCUACAUCCUGGCAGUUGGCAUCACAAGAAAAAACAUCCAUGAUUACUACAUUGCGAUGGAUGGUGAGCUCCUUCCCUGCAAGGCCGGGUCUUCCCUUUCAGCCUUUGAUGAACUGUUCAAGACGCAUUAUGUGUUUGGGAUCUCCUAUGACCAGGCCUUAAACAGCCUGUACACAUUUGUGCAAACCACUGUCUACAAUAUCGAUGUGGGGCUUUCUCGCGAAACUCCCAGAGUCAAGGACCUCAGGGCAAAGCUCCUCAACUCAAGUUGUGAUGUAUAAAUGCUUUGUUUGCCAGUCUAUUUUUGUCACCAUCCAGCAGUUGCUCCGUCAUCUCAAACUUACACAUGCCUUUUUUCCCGGCAAGAAGUUUCAUUUGUUGUGUGACCAUAAUGGAUGCCGUCAGAGGUUUUGCACUUUUACUGGAUUCAGGGAUUUUCUGAAAAUGUUUCCCUGCUGAAAGUUGAUGAGUUGCUCAUGUUUAAGCCAUUUGAUCUGCAGACAACGUAUGGUUUUGACAGAGAAGAUCAAUAUGUGGUGCCUGUGCAUGUUUUUGUGUAAGAAAUGUGUUAAGUGGUUGCACGCUGUUUUUCAUCUUGACAAUCAUUUUUGCAAAAAUUGAUUUUACAGGGUUUUUUUUUUGCACCAUGGCUUCUAACAUAAGAUGUUUUAUGUCCUUGUAACAAGAGUUAACUUCCAUAACAAGACAAGAUACUUGUUGGGAUGUAUUGUAAUAAUAAAGAUAUUAUAUUUCAGGAAACUUUUGUGAGGACUACUAAUUCUUUAAGUGUUAACAAUUCACCUCAAAAGUGUUUGGUGUACACCAGUCAUAGAGUACAUUCUCACUCUGAGUGUUAAAUAAUCAGCUCUGCAAAGUGCUACAAAUUACUAAACUAGAGUAUAUAUUUUACUCUCUGGGAGCUUUAGGAUUACACUGCAAGUGUCACAAAGCACUGAAGUAGUGUCUAAAAGUACCAGUGACGGAGUAAAAUUGUACUCUCAGAGGGUUCAAAUGUAACUCUUUAUUUGGAGUAUAUGUUUUACACUUUUGAUGGAGUUCAGUGAACACCAAACUCUUGGACCUAUAUAAGCACUGAAACUGGAGUUAAAUGUACUC